GCGGCCCUCACCGCGGAGUCCAGCAGCCACUCGCAGCCAUGCAGGUCGCCGCGCUGCUCAUCUGUCUGCUGCUGACCGCGCUGACGUCACAGGUUCAGGCUCAGCCCGAGCACUGGGACUUAAACUGGAGGGAAAAGGAUCCAGAGGACACUAUUUCCUCUUCAUCAGGGGAAGGUGCAUCAAAUGCUGAGAUUUAUGUAAGACCGGAAGUGCUACAACUGUUACGUCUUAGGAACAGACCCAUAAAAAAACACUUCAAUACUGUGCCAGCAUGGGUGCUAGGAAGUGAACAAGCAAAAUCAUCAGUGGUAAUUCUGCUGCCUGAAGGCUCAGCAGAUAAUGAACAGCUUUUUUGAUGUUCAGAUGGACAAUGGAAUUUAUUCUUUCAAAAAUUGUGUCAAUAGGAAAUAAAUAUGAAGAACAACAGACAUUUACAGUACCUUAAAGAAGUAAUAUGUUGCCAUUGAGCAGCUAUAUGUAAUAGGAAUAAUGCACAGAAUAGCAGAAAUCAGACUGAAACAUCAUAGUAUUCUGUUGUCAAACCUCAUCACAGCUCUUCCAAUCCACUUGUAUGAGCUUUUGCUUCUGAUUGGUUGAAAAGAAUGAACUGACAACACUGAAAAAUUAGAUAUAUAGUCUGACUGUAUCGAUUUCUGCAUGCAGUCAUCACUGUUUUCCUUCUUAGUUAUUUAUGAAUUUCAUGUACAAAGCUUAGAUUACAAGUGAGAAUAACUUUUACACACAUAAAAGUGAGUGAAAGAUGCAGUCAAAAUAUGUUGUACAUAUGGUGAGUUGACUUGAAUUCAUUUUAACUGUGUUUCUCUGUCAAGCUAAUAAACCAUCAUUUUCUUCAUUAUUCAUCCAGUUUCAGCAGUUACCCCAUUUCUGCUGGCCUGGUUAUCAGUUUCAUGUGUAUAUUUCUAAGAGACCUCUCAUGUAAGAAGAGAAAUUUUUAGUGAAUGAUCAUGUACCUUAUAGAAGUUCUUACAGCACUUGUCUUAAAUUAGAAAUCUUCAUUGGUAAUACCAGUUAAUUCUCUUCUUUAUGCUGUAUAAUAAUUAUUAUAAACAGAUGCAUCUUCAUUUUCAUUAUUUAUUAAGCAAGUAAGGUUUUGUACUUUCAGUGCUUAUAAAUAUGAAAAAACAGAUACUGUUACCAGUGUUUGCUGCAUUACACCAUCAUGGAUUGGAAAAAGCUUAUAAAUAUAGUACCUUACCACUCAGUUCUUAAAUUGUAAUGCAUCUAACUGUAUCUUCUAUUUUUAUUUCUCUAAAAAGUUUUCCACAUAAUAAGUAAAGUUUCUCACUUUGCCAUCACAAUUUGCUCUCACCUUAUUCAAUGUUGUUAUUAAAGAAGUGGCUUUCUUACUUUCUGCCUUAAUAAUUUGUUACAGGUACCUCUAUAAUUUUAAUUCCAUUCACUUUGAGGAAAAAUAUGUUUGCACAUCCCUGAUCCUACUUUAUCUUAUAUGUUUACCAAAGCAUGCCUUGCCGUAAAACUGAGCAAGUAUGACUUUUGUGUGAGUGCAGGUUUUGCCUAGUUAUAGUGGGCAAUAAGGCAAAUUUCCUGACAUUCCCAAGUAAUUUUCAUCAUUUAUAGUCUCCAAUUUAUGACACUGACUUUGUUCUGUUCUAAUGGAAGUAUAACUUUUUUUCUGUGACACUUGAAAGAAGCUUCUAAGAGAACUUCAAUGACAGAUCAUGUAUGGGACUUGAUCAACUAUUAUCAAGAUAACAGCACUGCAAACCAGUGUCCCACAACCAGGAGAAGAGGUUCCAUCAAUAUCUGCCCUCUUAUACUGAAUGUAAGCAAACACAAAACUCAGGUAUGGUUCUUGUGUUUACCUGAUUGCAUGAAGCCCACCAGUCUGUGUUCUGCUGUUGUAGCAAUCAGACAACUUGCUUGCAAAACUAUUGGGACAUUCACAUUGUGCAUUGAGCAUUGUUUAUGGUGAAUGUUGUGAAAGUGUUAGAAAGUGGUGCAGUUGUACACUGAAGACUGUCCAGAUUGUGCCAAGCAGUCACGAUCUGUCUUUGUAAAUGUUAUAAAUAAAGUUCUAUAAAUUUGAAGUGUGGAGAAUAAAAUAAGCCAAGGGAAAAGAAGAGCAACUGAUGAAAGAUAUUAAACUAACAUUUUAAAGGAGUAACACACAAUGUAAAUGUCACUAACUGGUAGUUCAGAAGUACAAGAGGUAUCAAUCAAAUGAGCAUUCUGCGAACACUGCAGUCCAUCAUAUUUCAUCUUCUUCAAAUUUUACUACAUCUACAGCUUCAUGGCAGUGACAAUCCAAAUCUGAUCACAGCCCUCUGAAUGUUAUCUACAAAAAGUGUGAAGUGAGGUGGCAUAUCUAAGCAAAAUUUUGUUUAAAGAAGAAGCAUCAUUUACAAACUACAGGCAAGUCAGUUUUCGCAAUAUUCACUAAUCAUUAGUUGAAAAUUGAUGCUGACUCAAUGGAUGCUCUUGGUCUUUCAAUAUUUGGUGCAUGUUUUUCAAGACCCGCAACACUGGUCUCUGUGUUGUUGAUGGAAUUCUAAAUACAUUCAAGUAAUGUGAGUUCAUAAGAUAUACUGCUGCUGCAGUUAUUGGAAGACACCCCACUGAACAUAAGGCAGUCAGUGUGGUACCAACAUGAUGGAUGUCCCUCUCAUUCCACACAUAUGUUGACAGGCCCUCUUAGGAGGACAUUUUGAGAGCAUUGGAACAGUUGUUCAGGAAAUGCAAAAAAGUCUACAGACUCACCAAACUUAACACUUCUACACCUUUAUUUGUGAUGAGAUUUAAGACAAGAAGUCUUUUACAAAACACUGAUGACUCCCAAAGAAAUGAAAUGCCUUAUAACACAUUGAUUCCAGAUGAAAUUCAAUGUGCAGUGCUAUUUCACCAGAAUCACUUUAUGGUGUGCAUCAGUGCUCAAGGUCAACAUUUUGAGCACAUGGUAUGAUAGCCAUGAUAAUGCACAUAAAAACCAUACCCCAAGUUCUGUCCUUGCUUACAUUUGGUGUAAUAGGGCAGACAUUCAUGGAACCUCUUCCCCUGAUGGUGAGACAGGUCCAUGGUGCUGUUAUCUUGAUACUGUUUGAUCAUGUCCCGUGCAUGUUAUGUCAAUAAAAAUUACUUGUGACUAUUGGGAAAUUCACUGUAUUGUCUGCUAUAACUUGAAAAAAUGUAGCAUCUCAAUUUAUUUAUUCAUUCUCGACAUAUUUGUGAUGGCGUGCCAUAGCUGCCUCAAUCUAUCUAGAGUAACUUCUAUUGCAGGUGGUGUAUAAUUGCCUUACUCCAAUCCAUAGAUAAUGAAUGAAUGUGGAUGAAUCAUAUGAGUUUCUGUUGUGCUGCUAGUGCAGUUUUGUGUUACACAGUAAUAACAAGAAACAUGUAAAUCCGAUACUUGUCUGUCAUUUUGAUGAUACGCAAGAUUCACAAACAUAUUUAUUAGUAGUGAUCUAUACCACUCAUAUAUAGUUUCAUUCUACAACACAAUUCUCACAGCUUAUUUUUCUGUUUUUAACUUUCUACCAAUUUUUCUUGGUAGAAGUACAUGUAUAAAGAACACAAAAUAAAUAUUCCUUUGUUAUUUUAAUUUUAAAUAGCAGCAACAUAAGAUUGCUUCUUGGAAUUUGAAAGACAAUAAAUGCCUCUAAGAAAAUCCUGUAUUCUUGUCACUAAUAACACUUUUUGUUUCCAACUACUUCUGCAUUUUAUAAUUAAUAAACAAAUAAAUAAAUUUUU